AUGAGGAAGGUACCUGAAAAGGUUAGAACUCAGUUUUGUAAUGAAACUGAGUUCUUGAAAAAGCUAAGUGCAAUAGUUUGGGAUAGAGAAAUUGAUCCCCAUGUAUUUGUUGAUGGCUGGAACAAUGUUAUGGAGGAAUUUGACCUUGUAGAUCAUGAGUGGUUUGCAUACAUGUUCAAUAUUAGGCAUCUUUGGAUCCCUGCAUAUUCCAGGGACUUGUUUAUGGGUGUGUUACUGCGUUCUACUUCUAGGUCUGAAGGUGAAAACAAUUUUUUUUAUAAUUUUAUAAACCCUCAUGUGACCUGUGUUGAAUUCUUUGUCCAUUAUGAAACUGCUCUUGAUGCUCAAAGGCAUGAACAGGAUGAGUUGAACAGGCUUAAUAAAUCUGAGCCUCAAUUGGCUACUCAUUUGCACUUGGAAAAGCAUGCUGCUUUUGUUUACAGUCGUGCCAUCUUUUAUGAUUUUGAAGAAGAAUGCCAGGCAGCCUGUUUCUCAUGUGGUGUUGAAAGUUGUAGUUCUCUAUAUGGAGAUGGUUUGGAGUUUUCUGUAAUUGUUGAUCAUGAGAAAAGGAAAAACUUUGAUUAUGAUAAGAGGAAGCAAUUGGUGAGUGAUGUGUGGUCCAAGAUUUUCAGUUGUGUGAGUUUAUCUGAGCAAUUUGAGGAUGAUUUAUCUGAGCUUAUUAGGACAUUAUCUUCAUUUGAGAAGCAGAUGCUGAUAAAGAAUAAUCCUGAAAAUGCAACUAGUUCAAAAGAGGUGAAAGAUGCUGAUAUUCAGGUUUUGGUUUGGUCAAAUGAAGUAGAUGUAAAUAUCUUGCCUCCAAAUCAGUGUCUUAAUAAAGGUUCUGCCAGAAGUUCAAAGCGGUUGAAGAGUGCAAAAGAAAUAGCUUCUGAAGAAAAAUCCAAAAAGGGCGGAACCUGUAGAGCUUGUGGGCAAUUUGGUGUUUCACAUGACAGUAGGAACUGUCCAAACAAGUGUUAUCAUACUUUUAAUAUAAUACUUGGAAAUUUGAAGAUGUUAUGGAAGAUCAAGAUAUACUGA